UACAAUCCUACUUCUUGGAACUUCAAACCCAGCAGCUUCUCUUCGCUUAUGAACGACUAUCGCAUGUUGAACGGUGAUGGUUUUCGCAGCGGGAGAGCAUUUAACCGUGUGCCCUCAUUCCGUAACCGUACGUACAACAUACCGGUAAACAUUGAGAGAUCUCCCUCGGUACCGGUUCUCAGAACAACGGAACCUUACCGCCCAGACUGGACUUCAACAAUACGACCACACACUGACCGGAACACGCCCUUUCCAUCGGAACCGAGCUUGCCUGUCGAUAGAACUAACGUUAACGUCGAUGAAUCUGGAGGCGAUGACGUCGCAGCUGGUCGUGCUAAGGUCUCCUCCAUUGACGUAAUGAGCGACGAGAAUGGCCGAGCACACCACACGGAGAAAUACGAUCUUGUCCAGGCUGGGGGUCUGGUAGUGAGGAGGGGACAGACAUUCAACCUGGUUCUGCACUUCGACAAAAAGUUUAGUCUCAAGAAAAAUACCAUCCGACUCGUCUUCAAAGCUGGGCCAAAUCCAAAGCCCGGAAAAGGGACGCAUGUUCAGUGCUUGCUGCAGUCUGAACGGAGACCAGCUGGUCCCAGCGAAUGGACCGCUGUUCUGAAAGGAAGACACAAGGAAAAUAGCGCGAUUGUCAUGGUGACGCCACCAGCAGACUGCAUUGUUGCAGAGUGGCGUCUAACGGUGGAAAAUAUUGUACCCGACGAUGUUAAACCACGUGCCCUGAAGUAUACUAUGAAAAAGAGCAUUUUCAUUCUCUUUAAUCCUUGGUGUAAAGAGGACGAGACCUAUUUUCCGGACAUGAGCAAAUUAAACGAAUACAUUCUUAAUGACAGUGGGGUUAUCUUUAAUGGCGAUUCAAAGUACAUCGACCAAAAGCCAUGGUUCUACGGACAGUUUGAGUCUGAUGUACUGGAAGCUUCCUUGAUGUGUGUUCAAUUAGGAUUUGACUCUCGGUUCGGAUACGCCAUGUCUAACCCAAUCCGUGUGUCUAGAAUCAUAUCCAAAAUUGUGAAUGUCAAUCAGGAUAAUGGUGUGUUGGUGGGUAACUGGAGUGGCGACUAUGGUGGGGGAAAGAACCCGUCCUCUUGGAACGGAAGUGUGGUCAUCUUACAUCAGUUCCUCCAGUCAAGAAGGCCUGUCAAAUGGGGGCAAUGCUUCACCUUCGCCGGAGUUGUGACGACCAUUUGCCGAGCUCUGGGAUUGCCCUGUCGCACUAUAACGAACUUUUCCUCCGCUCAUGACACAGAUGGAAAUGUCAAGAUAGAUAUUUAUGUAGACGCCAACAGGAGGGAAGUGGUGCCUCCAAAUCAGGAAAGGGACAGUAUCUGGAAUUUUCAUUGCUGGAACGAAGUUUGGAUGGAGAGGCGAGAUCUUCCUCCUGGGUAUGGCGGGUGGCAGAUAAUUGACGCUACCCCUCAGGAAGAAAGCUCUGGUUUCAACCAGUGUGGUCCAGCCUCCCUUAAAGCUAUAAAAGAAGGCAGAUGCGAGCUGCUAUAUGAUACACCGUUUGUGUUUGCGGAGGUGAAUGCUGAUAAAGUGGUUUGGGCCCGCGGAGAGGGCGGUAAAUGGUCCAUUAUUUCAUUAGACCCAGCAGCAAUAGGUAAGAAUAUCAGUACCAAAGUUCCUGAUGGACUUCCCCUUAGAGGACGUGGAUCUAGAAUUCGCGAGGACAUCACAAAUGAUUACAAAUAUCCAGACGCGUCAGCUCGGGAGAGACUUGCGGUGAAGAAGGCAAGCCGUUCUCGUAAUAGUAGUGCACCCUACAUCAAUGAAAACAAAGUGGAGGACGUCCGAUUUCACGGUUUUGUGGACAGAAAUUAUGUUAACCUUGGACAGGACUUUGUCGUGAGUUUUUCGUUUACCAACACCGGAACACAAAACAGGACAGUCACGGCUAAGAUGGUCUGCGAGGCCGUCUUGUAUACUGGGCGGCGGCACCAAAAAAUCAAAGAACAGUCAUAUCAGAUACCUGUUUCACCUUCUUCAAAUGGAGAAAUGUCAAUGGAAAUCUCCGCCUCAGACUACAUGGACAAGAUUACAGAAAACGUUGACCUCAAAGUUUCCAUUGUGGCGGAGGUUCAGGAGACGGGUCAAAUUGUCUCCUGGGAAGACGACUUCAGGCUCCUUAAACCGGCAAUGGACAUCGAGGUACUCUCACCAUCUGUUGAAGUUAACAAGCCGUUCCAGUGUCAGUUAAGGUUCCGGAACCCACUGAAUACAAUUCUGAGGAACUGUUCUAUUAGUGUCGAUGGACCUGGAAUUGAUGGAGAAUUUGAUCAAAGAAUCAGCGAUGUAGCACCGAGAACCGAAUGGGUGGCGGAAAUGACGAUGACCCCUAGGACACCAGGCAGGAAACAAAUAACCGUUACCUUCAACAGCGACCAAAUCGACGAUAUCAACGGAACAGCUGAUGUUUUGGUGUCUACAAGAAGUCAUAAACAUGGAUAUAUGUUUGAUUGUUUAAACUAGAAAAAAUCCUGACAAAGUUGCAUAAUACAAAACUUUUGUUUGCAGGAUCUACAAUCAAGAUAUUUUUCGUAUAUUUUUCGUGUGAUAUUAAGUUCAAGAUCUAGUAAAUGAAAGGUGCCUACAGAAUUAUCAAAUUUGAGAAAUAAAUUCCUUUAUUGAUGCUUUACAA